AUGACCCGCUCUAUGCUCAUUGAAUCAAAAGCCCCAAAACACUUCUGGCCCAAAGCCAUUGCCACCUCAGCCUAUCUAUUGAACAGAUUACCCACAAUUCGCAUAAGCCGUUUCCUAAAGGAGAAGGAGAGAAACCCUAGAGCCGCCGACCACUGCCACAAGGACAACGACGUGUGCAACAACACCUUGGAAGACGGCCGUAACGCCACAUGUUGCAACAACAAGUGCUUUGACUUGCAGUACGACAACAAAAACUGCGGCUCGUGUAAGAAGAAGUGCGCCUUGCACGGAGGGGGCGACCGCCCCCUCCUGCCCCCCCUAGAUCCGCCACUGCUCCUCGCCUACGACAAGAGGCACUGUGGCGCGUGCAACCAGAAGUGCAUGGACAAAGGAUUAUGUGUGUACGGCAUGUGCUCUUACGCCUAG